AUGGCUCCCGAUCUUGAGCUUAAGUCCAAAGAGGCUUUGGUAGAUGAGAACUAUUAUCUCGUCUACGACCUCUUCUAUAAGGCCAUUGGCCUCAACCCCAACAACGCCGACUUAUAUGCUGACCGUGCCCAGGUUAACAUUAAAGUCAACAACCUCACCAAUGCUGUUGUUGAUGCAAAUAAAGCAAUUGAGCUGAAUCCUUCUCACUCGAAAGCUUAUUUGCGCAAAGGUAAGGUAUGCAUCAUGCUUGAGGAAUGUGAGACUGCUAAGGCAUCUCUGGAGAUGGGUGCUUCAUUGGCUCCAGGAGACUCUAGAUUUACUGAUUGA